AUGAGUCGUGUACGAUCAAAUACACGAACUAGUAAUUCUGAUAUAUUAGAAACAAUUGCAACAUGGACAGAAGAAGAACAAAAUAUUCUUGAACAAAACUUGGUAACAUUUCCAGCAGAAAAUUAUACAGAGUUUAAACGAUUAGCAUUAUUAUUAACAAACCUACCUACAAAACGGUUGAGAGAUAUUUCAUUAAGACUUCAAUUUAUGAAGGCAAAAGAAAAAACAAUAACACUAACUUGGGAUGACUUUAUUAAAACUACAUUAUCUCCACGCCCUAAAACAGAACGGUGUAGAAGAGAAUCACCUACACAUUCAGUAAAAAAUUCACCACGUUCACCUCGAUCAGCACGUGACUUAAUGGAAUCUCCAUGUGAAUCUCCUAGGUAUAAAAAACCUAUUAGUCAAAGAGCUAAAUUAUUAAGUCCAUCUGCACCACUUAAUAGUUGUGGAAGUCCUAUUAUUACCCAACAAACAGUCUCACAACAACCAAAAGACGUUAAAAAACUUCUUGAAGAAAAUGAACGUAUUAUUGAGAAAUUAGCAACAAGCGUAGGAAUCAAAACAAUUGACUUUAAAGACUUAAAUCAAUUUUAUUUCAAUUAUAAUACAAUAAUGGAACUUUCUCAAGUAAUUGCUAGUCCAAAUGUACUUCCUACAAGUUCAUUCCAACCAAUUAUUCUUUCAGAGAAUGAUUUUAAUAUACAAAAAGCAAAACACACAACAGGAGUUUCAUUCCAUAUUCCAAGGCUAGUAAUGCCAAAUGAAAGAGUAAAUAUAUCUCCAAGGUCACAACCAGCUAUGCAACAACUAAUGCAAAUGUACCAAAAUCAGCCAUCACAACAAAUAUUUUAUAUUCCAUCAGCAGAAAUUCAUACAACAACUGUUAUUCCACCACAACAUAUUAAAUCUUAG